AUGGCAUUAGCAACGGCUCUUGGACACACAACAGGCUUAAUGGCGGAAACAUGGGGGCUACUACUCGCAACAAGAUUAGCAAGGCAACAAAUGUGGCAACCGGUAUGGUUCAAAGCAGAUUCACUAUCCUUAGUUCAGAUGACAAAAAAUGACAACGAGAAUUUGCCAUGGUACAUACAAGGAAUGCUACAAGAAAUCAAGAUGCUAAUGACGGAGAUCCCUCAGGUAAAACUCACACAAGAAUACCGAGAAGCUAAUCAGGCAGCGGACAAACUAGCAAACGAGGCAAUAGAAUAUCAACAACAACACCCAGCGGUAUCAGCAACAAGAAUUUGGGACAACCACUGCCAACCUUUUAUAUCAAAUAUUGUAACUGUAAUCAACUAA